CGGCGGCAGGUUUGUCUCCUGGCCCCAGGCUGCGAUCCGUGCCCCAGAGGCUGCAGCCGGCUGGAGAGACCCCUUCCCCGGCUGGGGGCCGCUCCCCGGCCGCCGGCGCGCAGGGGCUGGCUGCAGAGGGCCGGGCAGCGGCUCUGCGCAGCGCUGGGCGCGGGGAGCGGCGCUAAGACGCGGCGUUUGCGGGCUCGGGCCGCGCUCGGCUGCCGGCGGAGGGGCCCCGGCGCGGCUCGGAGAGGCAGGCGGGGUCCCGCCUCGGGAACCGCGUCUCGCUCGCUACGAGCCCGAGCCCCGGGGAAGCUGCUGCCUUUGUGCGUUUGCAGCGGGCUCGGCUCUUCCCUCCUGCCCUGCGGCCGGGCCGGGCUCCGCGGCGUGGGGCCCCGUCAGCGGGGAGGCUGCGAUUCCGCCUCCACUGCCGAGCUGCAGCCGAGAGACCGAACCUGCCGCUGCCCAAGGAGAGGAGGCUCCGGCGGCCGGGGAUGGCUGGGGCGCGCCCCGCUCAGGCCCCAGUCACGUUUGACGACGUCGCUGUCUAUUUCUCCGCGGAGGAGUGGGAGGAGCUAGCAGAAUGGCAGAAGGAGCUGUACAAGGACGUGAUGAGGGACAACUACGAGGCUUUGAUCUCCCUGGGACAUGCUGCCGCUAAACCCGACAUUAUCCAGCUGCUUGAACGUGGGGAAGAGCCAUGUGUCAAGGGUCACAAGGACUCUGGGAAUGGAAAAGCUUUUAACUUUAUCUCAGAUGCUGAGAUCAGGGGGAAGAAGGAGACUCAUCUGCAGGAGACUCUCAGGGGAUUGGAAGUGCCCAGGCUGUUAGCAGGGGGACCCACAGAACGUGGCCUCCAGAGCUCGGACAGGGAAUUAGUCUGUCAGGCUCAGUCCAACUCAGAAGAUCAUCAGGGAAACUCUCCUGGAAGUGGAGUGGAGCCACCCCCUCCUUGGCAAAGCAGGCUCACUGCAGCCACCUGGCAACGCUGCUCCCUGGGAUGUAAGCAGGUGGCUCCCUUUGAACUCCCUGUGGGACUCCCACGUGUGCUUGAGGGCAGGGUCUGGCCCUUGGAUGUCCUUGCUCCCCAGCCAUUCACUCCUGCUGAGACUCUGUGUAAACACAUCCAGUGUGAGAAAUGGUUCACUCCGCCGCCAGCUGCUGGUGGUCACGGCGGGACGCCCAUGGGAGCAGAGACCUCCAUGUGCCCCAAGUGCAAGGGGAGCCGUGGGGAGAGCUCUUCUCUUAGUGCACGUCAGAGACUCCCCCCGGGAGAGAACCCCUGUCUGUGCGCUCGCCGUGAGCCAAGCCCAGCCCAGCUCGUGACCCAGAGACUCCCCCCGGGAGAGAACCCCUGUCUGUGCGCUCGCCGUGAGCCAAGCUCAGCCCAGCCUGUGCCCCAGAGACUCCCCCCGGGAGAGAACCCCUGUCUGUGCGCUCGCCGUGAGCCAAGCCCAGCCCAGCUCGUGACCCAGAGACUCCCCCCGGGAGAGAACCCCUGUCUGUGCGCUCGCCGUGAGCCAAGCUCAGCCCAGCCUGUGCCCCAGAGACUCCCCCCGGGAGAGAACCCCUGUCUGUGCGCUCGCCGUGAGCCAAGCCCAGCCCAGCUCGUGACCCAGAGACUCCCCCCGGGAGAGAACCCCUGUCUGUGCGCUCGCCGUGAGCCAAGCCCAGCCCAGCCUGUGCCCCAGAGACUCCCCCCGGGAGAGAACCCCUGUCUGCGCGCUCGCCGUGAGCCAAGCCCAGCCCAGCCUGUGCCCCAGAGACUCCCCCCGGGAGAGAACCCCUGUCUGCGCGCUCGCCGUGAGCCAAGCCCAGCCCAGCCUGUGCCCCAGAGACUCCCCCCGGGAGAGAACCCCUGUCUGCGCGCUCGCCGUGAGCCAAGCCCAGCCCAGCCUGUGCCCCAGAGACUCCCCCCGGGAGAGAACCCCUGUCUGUGCGCUCGCCGUGAGCCAAGCCCAGCCCAGCCUGUGCCCCAGAGACUCCCCCCGGGAGAGAACCCCUGUCUGUGCGCUCGCCGUGAGCCAAGCCCAGCCCAGCCUGUGCCCCAGAGACUCCCCCCGGGAGAGAACCCCUGUCUGCGCGCUCACCGUGAGCCAAGCCCAGCCCAGCCUGUGCCCCAGAGACUCCCCCCGGGAGAGAACCCCUGUCUGUGCGCUCGCCGUGAGCCAAGCCCAGCCCAGCUCGUGACCCAGAGACUCCCCCCGGGAGAGAACCCCUGUCUGCGCGCUCGCCGUGAGCCAAGCCCAGCCCAGCCUGUGCCCCAGAGACUCCCCCCGGGAGAGAACCCCUGUCUGCGCGCUCGCCGUGAGCCAAGCCCAGCCCAGCCUGUGCCCCAGAGACUCCCCCCGGGAGAGAACCCCUGUCUGUGCGCUUGCCGUGAGCCAAGCCCAGCCCAGCCUGUGCCCCAGAGACUCCCCCCGGGAGAGAACCCCUGUCUGCGCGCUCGCCGUGAGCCAAGCCCAGCCCAGCCUGUGCCCCAGAGACUCCCCCCGGGAGAGAACCCCUGUCUGUGCGCUCGCCGUGAGCCAAGCCCAGCCCAGCUCGUGACCCAGAGACUCCCCCCGGGAGAGAACCCCUGUCUGUGCGCUCGCCGUGAGCCAAGCCCAGCCCAGCCUGUGCCCCAGGGACUCCCCCCGGGAGAGAACCCCUGUCUGUGCGCUCGCCGUGAGCCAAGCCCAGCCCAGCCUGUGCCCCAGGGACUCCCCCCGGGAGAGAACCCCUGUCUGUGCGCUCGCCGUGAGCCAAGCCCAGCCCAGCCUGUGCCCCAGAGACUCCCCCCGGGAGAGAACCCCUGUCUGCGCGCUCGCCGUGAGCCAAGCCCAGCCCAGCCUGUGCCCCAGAGACUCCCCCCGGGAGAGAACCCCUGUCUGCGCGCUCGCCGUGAGCCAAGCCCAGCCCAGCCUGUGCCCCAGAGACUCCCCCCGGGAGAACGACUGUAUAGAUGCCCCAAGUGCGAGAAGAGCUUCUGCUACAGGCAGGAAUACACGUGGCACCAGAGAGCCCACGUGGGCGACAGGCUCUAUAAAUGCAGCGGGUGUGAGAAAAGUUUCCGCUCCAAGCAGGAGCUGGUCUGGCACCAGCGGGCCCACGCGGCAGAGAGGCCGUACAAGUGCAGAGAGUGCGAGAAGAGCUUCCGCUACAAGCAGGAAUUCACAUGGCACCAGAGAGCCCACGUGGGCGACAGGCCGUAUAAAUGCCCCACCUGCGAUAAGCACUUUCGCUACCAGCAAGAGCUCACGUGGCACCAACGGAGCCACACCGGGGAGAGGAGCUACAAGUGCCUGGGCUGCGAGAAGAGCUUCCGCUACAAACAGGAAUUCACGUGGCACCAGAGGGUCCAUGUGGGAGAGAACCCCUGCCGAUGCCCCACGUGUCAGAGGACCUUCCGCUGCAAGCAGCAGUAUGCAAGCCACCAGAGGGCCCACAGCGGGGAGAGGCCCCAUAGAUGCUCUGAGUGCGGUAGGGGCUUCAGCCGGAACUCAGCCCUUCUUAAACACCAGCGGCUCCACACCGGGGAGGGACCUUACUGCUGUCCUGCCUGCGAGAAAAGCUUCCGCCAGUGCGCACACCUUCUCAAACACCAGAGAUCCCCCACACGCAAGAGAGACCGGCUGGAUGGGCAGAAGCUUUCUGAGCGGAGGCAGCCCCAGCAAGGCCCGAGCAAGGCUGCAGGCAGAGAGACCCUGUAAACCCCCAGAACCUGCAGAACGUUUCGGGGGAGCGCUCGCUUUCCUGAGCAUCCGGGAGGCCGAAGCAGGAGAGGAGCUCGGCUGAUGAACCCAGCAUGUGAGAGCCUCAAGCGCAAGCUGAAGUCGCACAGUGCCACAUGGGAAAGAGCCUGGAAAGGGGCUGAACAGGUGGAAAGGGCUGUAGAGUCGGAGUCCCUCGGGGAGCCCGUGGAAGACACACACAUGGCAACAAGUUAUAGGUCAGUAGGACUUCUCUUCCUGGAGGUGCUCAGAUACUUCGGUGAUGGGCAGCAGGGUAGAACCCUGGAAUCCGGGGCCCCGUCUGGCUGCUGACUCUGUGCCUUAUUGUUACUAAAUGAGUAGCUGCUCCUGUGCCCCUGUGGCUAAGGUGCUCACCCGCUCCAGUCCUGCUCCCCGCACACUGCAUCGUCAGCCUUAAAUAUGCCAGGAGAUCUCCAUUGCUGCGGGGCAAACCAACAUGUUAAUGCAACAUUGUGCAUUUGGAGGAGGAUGUCAAUGCCAAGGAGUCAGGACGGUUGAAGUGCUGGGACUCGCAGGCACUCUUAGCUGAGCCCUCUGGAUAGCCAUAACUCACAGCUGCAAGCAGGGUACUGGAGCGAUGAUGCUCUUCGGGCUCUCUUCUGGCUUCCAGCCCUGCCCCAGAUACUCAGAUCAAACCGUUUUGCUGCCACCCUGCAUCACACGUCAGCGUAAAGGAGCAGCUAUGUGGGUGCCUUGCUCAUUGUUACUUUGCUCAAAUGUUGCACACGCAAGGUAACCGCGCCACCUCUAGAGGGCGAUCUCAUACUAACAUAAUGGGGCAUUUCUGGUACUUGCCGUUAUUUGAAAAUCAAGGUUGCUGGGCCGUGACCCACCUGUACCACUGCUGAAAAGAUCCCUCUGUGGGGAGGGUCCUGAGCAUUGCAGGGGCUGUGGGGGCUCAAAGCACAGCUUCCCAUGUACCUCCAAGUACAGUCGCCUUUCUCACCAGCUCUCUUUCUGCACUUUCGGCCCUGCAUUACUGUGCAGACUGCGAUAUGGGGGCUGUAUUUCUCUGAGCGCCCCCCUUUCAGAGGGUGCUGCAUGCGCACAUCGUGCACCUCUGCAAGCUGACGGGAGCUCGGCUGUGAUCCCUCCUUGGCUCAGCCCCCUUUGGGGAGUCGAAUGCUGGAGCUAGAUUCACACAGUCCAUCAGCUCCUUCCUGGAAGGGCGGCUGGCGCUGUGCGGAGGCGUUUUGGCUCCCUCUCACCGCGCAAAGCUGGCCCCAUCGGGCGUUUUCUCCACAACAUCUCAAGCCCUCUUUUCAUGCCAUAGUCAGAACUUUUCCUGGGGCUAAAUUCUGUUACACUGAUGUAAUUCCAGAGCAACUCCACUGACUUCAGUGGUGUUUACGCUGCUGUAACUCCGAGCAGAAUCUGGCCCUUGCCCUAAGAUCUUGUUCCUCCCUGGUGUUGCUCCAGGGCAGUGUGGUCAGUAGGAGUGGUAGCCACCUCUACUUCUUGUCCUGUCUCCACCAUCUUGUGAAGGAGGAGAGGUACCACAGGUGACUGUAGGAAAUGGGAUCUGCCACAUGGGGGGGGUCUGGACUGUCCCUUGUCCUGAUAUGGGCUGAAAUCCACUGGAUGCAUCCAAAUCACUGACCCAGUGGCUCUAGCUGGCCCAUUGCGUGUUUCCGCCACACCCAGGCUCUAGAAGAGUGCUCCUCUCUCUGGCUUUAUUAAUUAGAGGGUAGUGGGAAGGUGAGGGGUAGGCACUGGCGUGAGACCCAGGAGACCUGGACUCAAGACUCUGUGUGCGCCCCUGGCCCAGUCUCUCUGGCUGUAGGUCCCAGCUGCAUAGUGGGGAUAAGAGCAGGGCCCUGCUGCGUGGGGUGGCUGCGCACUGUUCUGAGGUACUUGGAUUCUGCAGGGAUGGGAGCAGGUCAGGACCUAGCCAGAUAUUCUCCACAGCUUGCUAGGCGAUUCCACUGUGCUCGCUGACUCCAUAGCAUUUCACCUCCCCAUGCCCGGUAGGGUCUGCUGAAUGGGGUUGCUCAGUGCAAAUGCCAAUCCACUGGGGUUACCACAGCUAUAAAUACAUGCGACAAGCUUCCCUAAUGCCACUUCUCUCAUUAAAAGCAUUGUUCCAUUCUUAACGGCUCCUCCAUGCUGCUCCUCUUGGAGCUGGGCGUGUCUGUCCUCCCCACCUCCCCAAAAAAAGACAGCUGGACUUCAGGAGUGCUUCACCCUGCUCCAUCGCACCCACCAGCUGCCUGCGCCAUGCCGUUGCUGGUGCCAUGAGUUACUGGGGGCCUCCCACUUAGGUAUCAUAGCAACUCUUAAUGAACGAGGGCCUUGUGUGCCUGCCCCAGUGACAGGCAGAGUAGGGUUAUGUACAGGCCUUUCCCCAAGCAUCGCGUACUGCGGACUCUUCUCAGUGGUGGAGCUGUGGCCUCUGCUGUGCAUUAGAUUGUACGCUCGUGGGAGCAGGGGCCUCACCUUCAUGUUUGCCUGUAAAGUGCCUAGCAUAGUGUGGAAGCUACAAAAAUAAAUAGUAAUAGAUAAAAAAUAUGCCCAUGGUACGAAAUGCACUUGGGCACAAAGCUACUUAUCUCUGUCUCUGUAGCUAGCUCGCUGUCGCGUCAGGAGGAGUGAUCGGUGGGUUUCCCUCUGUAUGCAGCAUUGGUGAGGCCAUUACGGGGUACUGUGUCCAGUGCUGGCACACGCACUUGCCCAAAGAUGUUGGAAAAUUGGAAAGAGUUGAGAGAUGAGGCACUAGAAUGAUCCGAAGUCUGGAAAUCCUGCCGUAUAGCGAGAGACUUAAGGAGCUUGAGCAAUGUAGUUUAUUACUGAAGAGAUUAUUAUUAAAAUUGAUCGUGGU